GCGCGGGAGGAGGCGUGGUCAGGCGAGUUGGGGGCGUGGAUGUUGUUGCCGGAAGCGAACCGCGGAGUGGAUGACGCCGGAAGUGGGUCGCUGUCGCAGUGCGGCAGUGGCGACAGCAGUGACAACCUUUGAGGGCCCCAAGAGAGAUGCUAAGAUGGCGAGCGCGGCCGCUCCUGCAGCCGCACUCUCCAGCUUGGCCCCCCCUUUGGAGCAGCUCCGGCUCUUAGCGGCAGCGCUGCGGCUGCUCAUGUCUGGAGUACGGGUCGGCGAAGCCCGGGAGACAACCAAGGAGUUUAAUCGGGAGACAUUUUGGAGAAGACUCAAUGAGGCAGCUGUGAUAGUGUCAAAGGAGGCCACGACUCUGACCGCAGCCUUCUCUCGACUUCCCCUACCGUCUCCACAGGAAACCCAGAAGUUCUGUGAACAAAUCCAUGCUGCUAUCAAGGCAAUCAUUGCAGUAUACUAUUCCUUUCCUAAGGAUCAGGGAAUUACGCUGAGAAAGCUGAUACGGAGUGCCACUCUGGACAUCAUGGAUGGCAUGGCUCAGCUUGUGGAUGUGCUUGUCAUCUCUCCACCUCAGAGCCCUGAGAACAGUGACCUUAUUUCCUGCAACAGUGUCUGUGUUGCAUGCCAGCAGGUGCCUCGGAUACCAAGAGAUAAUAAAGCUGCAGCCCUUUUAAUGCUAACAAGAAGUGUGGAUUUUGUGAAGGAUGCACAUGAGGAAAUGGAACAGGCCAUGGAAGAAUGUGAUCCUUACUCUGGCCUCUUGAAUGACACUGACAACAACUUUAACAAUGAAGAUGAUAUAUGUCCAAACAAUCGAGAUUUAUAUUGGUCAGAGGAAGAUCAUGAACUCCUAAUCCCGUGCAUUGCACUGGUGAGAGCAUCUAAAGCCUGCCUGAAAAAAAUCCGCAUUUCAGUGGCAGAGAAUGGGAAGAAGGACCAGGUGGCCCAGCUGGAUGACAUUGUGGAUAUUUCUGAUGAGAUCAGUCCUAGUGUGGAUGAUUUGGCUCUGAGCAUAUAUCCACCUGUAUGCCACCUGACUGUGAGAAUUAAUGUAAGUACCAGCAUUUAGGGAAUAGAUACAGACCUA